AUGCAAACGAUUCCAUUGCGUGGGCGGUUAUUCUGGGCGACGCUCUCGCAUGCAAUAUUCUCUCAGUACGGAGAAAUAAUGGCGGCGUGUCUGAAUCUGAUGAACGUUCCGAUCAAGGACUUCUUCCGAGACAGCCUACGAACUAAUUAUGGAGUUGAAAGUGAAGAAAGGUAAUUUCUGAAGUAUCACAAGAUUUCAAUGACCUCGCGAAUUUAUAAAACUCCACUCGGAGUUUUAUUUUUAGAACGACCUACAGAACUGAACUGAUAAAGAAAUAAGAGUGAUGUUAUCGAAAUAAAGGUGCUUCGUUUUUACCUCACUUUUUUCGUCAUAGAUUGAAACCCGGAAAACUUAUUUUCUCUAGACGACAUCGUUUUGUUUUCAGUUUCGAGACCAUCUUCUCGGCAUGCGCUUCUUUCAUGUUCAUCGGAUUGAUGAUGGCUUUUGCGGUCAUGGGAAAACUCAUGGACGGUCUGGGACGGAAGGAGACAAUAUUAUUGCGGUAAGGGAGUCUGAAUUCUGAAAUUUUAGUGUCUUAAACUUUUAAAACAAACUUUUGGGCAGCAGUCAAGCAGGUUCUAGGAAGUACUGUUUACACGCGCAUUUUUAGAAAAAAUUGUUAAUUACACAGUUGUAGAGCCAAAAAUUUCCAACAACUUUUCCUCCAAAGAUCCUCCAAAGAUCAGCACCUUUUUCAGAAGUUUUCUCGGAAUCGUGGGCUCGGUUUGCAUGCUCACCUCCCGGCUGCUCAACCGAUUCGAGCUCUACGUGCUCGGCCACCUCUUGGCCGGUAUCCUCCAGGGACUCCGCGUCGUUCUGAUCAUUUGGAUGGCCGAGUGCUCGCCGGACUCCAAAAGAGGACUCACGUCACUUUUUAUCAAUUCGGGAGGAGUGAUUAUGGUUCUGCUGGUCACUCCGCUCUGCCUGCCCGCCGUCUGGGGCACCGAUCAUCUUUGGUCAGUUCGAAAGGGUGUCAACAAUAACAACAAAAAAGAAAUGUUAGAGAGAAUCAUGUGGGUGGAAAUGAAUGCGAAUAAUAAAGUUAAAAGCAUAUCGCAGAGACCCUUUUUUUACAAUAAAUUUUGGGGGGUUUCAUCCUCGAAAAAAAAGUUGCAAAAGUUGCAGGUUCCUUUUGCCGAGCAUCACAGGACUUCUGGCCACCAUUCAUCUGAUUCUCACCGCGUUUCUGCCCCAAUCGCCUAAACAUUUGUUCAUUCAGCAGAAAAACGAGGAGGCGGCUCGGAGAGCCCUUCGAUUUUAUUACGGAGAUGAGAGCAACGAGGUCGACGAGGCUGUUCGGGAGAUGAUUCACGAGAACAAGCAGGCGAAGAGGGACAAAUCGAGUGUUCUCGACAUUUUACAGCACAAAACUCACAGGUACCUUUUUCCUAUGUCAAAAAGUUUCUGCAAUCUAUCGAGUGAUUUUGGGUAUUCUGUGUUUGUGCCCAAUCUCUGGCAAUUCGAUAUUAAUCUAAUUAGAAAGUUACUGAUCUAAACGCGACCUAAUUAGAUUCGACUGUGUUGAUUUGAGCCAGCAGACGGUUGGCGUGAAACUUGAUUUGAGCACAUAUCAAUCUAAUUAGAAGAUUUAUUAAUCUAGCUAGACAAUUUAUUAAUCUAAUUAGGUGUCAUAUCAAUCUUAUUAGGCCGCCGUAUAACUCGAGUAGACUACGAUUAGAUUAAUAACGAAAUUCCAGAGAUUCUCUGGCAUUUCGUUAUUAAUCUAACGGCGGCCUAAUAAGAUUGAUAUGACGCCUAAUUAGAUUAAUAAAUUGUCUAGCUAGAUUAAUAAAUCUUCUAGCUAGAUUAAUAAGUGCUCAAAUCAAGUUUCACGCCAACCGUCUGCUGACUCAAAUCUCGAUUGCGCUAAGAAAAAACAGUCGAAUCUAAUUAGGUCGAGUUUAGAUCAAUAACUUUCUAAUUAGAUUAAUAUCGAAUUGCCAGAGCACGGUCUCCAGACCUCACGACACGUCUUAUUUAAAAAAAAUUGCAAGAUUCACUAAAAUCACCACGCAAUUGGCUAUAAAGCAAAAGUAACGGACUCUAGUUUAGGCUUAAAACCAGACUUGCAACGGGCCGGGAGGAUGCACCUAAAAAUUCAAAGCGGUCAAGGGUACACAAAAUUUUCACAAAAAUUACGAAAAUUUUCUCAAGAGUGGGCGGAGCGAUUGAUUGCAACUCUGGCACGCCAUUUUAGCAAUUUUGUCGCACGCGUUUUCCUCUUCCUUCAUAUUUUUUUUGCAUAUUUUUUUUGAGGUCUAACUUCCGGGCCGACCGGGCCGGGCCGGGCCGACGAUUUGCUGGCCCGGCGGGCCGGCCCGGGAUCUGGCAAGUCUGCUUAAAACAACGGAAACUAACUGUAGAACACGAAAGAAAUAAGAAACACUUUCAAAAUGUCUUUGCAGAUUCUCUCUGUUCCUGGUCUUCAUCUGCUCGCUGGUCCCAGUGUUCUCGUGCCUCAACAUCAAAUCGCAGUACCUCGUGGAGAUGCUCAUUUCGUACGGCCUGAGCCAGUCCGACUCGACCGUCGCCAUAAUGGCCAUCUCGUCGCUCUCCCUGCCCGUCUCCUUCUUCGCUCCGUUGAUGAUCGAGCGGUACGGUAGACGACCCAUUUUUGUGAUGCUCACGUGGCUCUGCGCUCUCGAAUGGAUCGGAUUCGCCGUAACGGAGGCAUUCAACGAUUUGGGAUUAUUUUUUCCCGACAGAUGGAUUGUCGCUUGCUCCGCUGCCGUUUUAGGUGACAAAGCUGGGAAAAGAGGGGCAAAACGAUUCUUAUUCACUUUCAUCAAUCGUUUUUUAAUUCUCGAAAAGUCUUUGUUGCAGGUCAAUCCGCAGUGAACAUGGGAAUGUUGGUGAUGGCGCCGAUCAUGAUCUCCGAGUUGUGCCCGCAUAACAUCCGAGCUACCGUAUCCCAAAUAACCCAAGUGCCGCCUAUCGGGAUUGCCGUCCUCGAGGUGUUCAUGUUUCCGACGCUCCGCCAACACUUUGGAUUCUCCAUGUUCCUAUUCCUGGCUUCCUGUUGUGCUGCACUCGCGAUGAUUUUGCAUACUCAGGUAAACUAUGCGGCUUUAAAAAAAAAAUUUUUUAAAAAUCCUACUCAACACCAUUCGAUUCCUCACAUCUUUUUGAGUGUGUUUUGUGUUGAGACCAACAUUCUGGCACCCUUCUUUCACAGUGAAAAACUGAAUUUUUGUUGCAGAUGCUCGAAACGGCUGGCCUUGCAGUCGAUGAAAUAGUGAGUAGGUUGAGUGGAGAACGGACUCUGACCCGUUCGAACACUUCGGUCGGAUGGAUGCAUUACGGUAGUCUCUGGGAGACGGAUCCUCAGCCGACCACUACCGUUAUCCCGAGGAAAAGCAGCUAUUAUGUGAGGGAGAAGCAUUUGGAGCAACUACAAGUUUUCUAG